CGGCUUGCCGCUGACACACAAAGGUGAACGUUGACCUCAGAUCACAUCGUUGUUAAACAUGGCAGCCAUUGCAGCAGUUUUGGAUCAGCUGGACCAUCCUGUGUUUGCAGCUGUCGGCGCUGUAGUUGUUUGUUGGUAUUCGUUACAGUUGGUGUUAUCUGUACUGCGAGGUGUUAAAACAUACGUUUUGACCGGGACUCUUGGCCUGUCUACAGAUCUGCGAGGACUAGGUAACUGGGCUGUUGUCACUGGUGCCACUGAUGGAAUAGGAAAAGCUUACGCAGAGCAGCUUGCAGAGAAAGGUCUUAAUAUCGUUUUACUCAGCCGAACUUUGGCCAAGUUGGAAAAUGUUGCCCAGGAAAUAGAGUCCAGGUAUAACGUUACAACCAAAGUGCUGCAAGUAGAUUUCACUGGUGGACCAGAAAUAUAUAAACAUAUAGCCGAGCUGUUAAAUAAUCUUGACAUUGGCGUUUUGGUCAACAAUGUUGGAACAAACCAUAGUAAUCCUGAAUACUUCACAAACUCACCAAACAAGUUUAUACCAGAUAUACUUAAUGUCAAUAUAUUAGCCUGUACUAUGAUGACAAAAAUAGUGUUACCACAAAUGGUGAAACGGCGUAAAGGUGUGAUUAUCAACAUAUCUUCAGCUGCGGGAUUAAAUCCCUUGCCAUUACUCCUAAUAUAUUCAUCAACUAAGGUUUUUGAUCCAUUCAAUAAAUCAAUGUAUGCAUAUAAUACCUUCUUUAUAAUACUAGUACUUUGCGUUUAUGGAUUUUUUUCACUGGGUCUACACAAAGAAUAUGCUUCGACGGGCAUAAUAGUGCAGUCGGUAAUGCCGUUUUUUGUAACCACUAAGCUGAGUGGUAUAAGUAAUGCUAAUCUAAUGAUACCUACGCCAACAGACUAUACUAAAAGUGCCCUGCAGACAGUUGGUUUAGAACACAGAACCAAUGGCUACCUUGCUCACUCAAUACAGGGAUGGUUAUUUGAAAGAAUACCAGAAUGGGUCAAAUAUAAAUUGGUAAUGGCAACUGGGGAACGAUUUCAUUCAUACUUUAAGGAAGCUGAAUUAAAACAAAAAAAUAAAAAUUAAAGCAGCAAAUGAUGUCAAUGACCCGAUGAUGUCAAUGGGAAUGGAAUUCAUUUAAGUUGAAUGUGAAAUGAUGGUUUAUAGUGCAGUGCCAUUCACAAAAACGCGUUGGCCAGACAUUUUACGUGCAACAUAUCAAAGGUGAUGUGGUAGACAUUUGAUUAGACAAGGUCAAUGUACUUGUAGUGUUAUUGCAAUUACAUUUCUAAGACACAUCGACUUGGCAUUACAAUAGUAUUGUGUUCAUAACUUUAUUUGAAUAGUAACUUAUAAGAACACAAGUGUUAAUAUACUAUUAAACGAGUUAACACAAAAUAAAGACAGUAUA